AUGCGUCAGCCCAAGGACCGAAUGUUCCGGUCAAGAGACAGAGAAGUGAAGCGGCUCAUAUACCACACCAAGCAACACCAGCUUUUACGAAACAAGAUCCGAUAUCUGCGGCUUCACGCGUCUAUGGCUCAUCACGGCCUCCGUCUCAUGAUCCAAAUCGACUCACUCAGGUUCUCGCCCAGUUAUCCGCAAUCUACCUACUCACAACCGAAUGGCUCACGUCUCGCAAUUCAGUCACAACUCAACGCCUGGUCAACUACUCCCACAUCAAACUCAUCAAGAUCUUACAGUCACUUAUCUACGCCGUCAGCUGGAGAGGACACAGCCAGCGAAGAUGACGCGACAAGGUUUAAGCGUCGGCGCACAUCGCCAAUCUGGACUGAUCGUCGCAUGAACUCAUUAUCGCCAUUCUCAGUUGACCAGACAAUGAUGACCAGAACCAACAACCAAUUCAUUUCUACAAAUCUCCUACAAAUCUACCAUGACGUUCUCGAACAUAACCUCUCAUGCUGGCUCACAGAAGUCACAUGCCCCUACAGAGCUCCAGGUUAUGUCACUUCGGGGAGCUAUGCCCCUACAGAAUGGGGAUCCUCGUGGUCAAACCGUAUCUAUCGCCGCACCAUCAACCUCGACCAUGCAGUUCAGACAGCCAAACUCACUCGACUAACGCGAACCGAAGACCAAGGCGCCGCUAAGGCAUUUCACCUUGCUAUUAUGGCAUUUGCAACGCAAUGGGCUCAAGGCAGUCGACGCCAACAACAGCGCUACUCUGAUGAGGAUGAAAGACCAGAGGAUAUUCUCAACGACAUCAAUGAGGAGUUUGAUCGAAACAUUCAGCGGAAUAUUUGGGAGCAAGCAAAGAGAGCCCUGCAGGAAGUCUCAGAUGUUGAAUCAUAUCGUGUGGCAACGGCGGAGCUAAUAUUUGGUCUCACGCAAAAGCCAUGGACCCGUGAUGAUGAGUCCAUGGCCCCAGAGAACCCCAGCACAUUGGUCAGUGCUUCUCCAAAGGUUGACUUGAAGGCUCUGAACGCUGAGCUUGGUGAAAUUAUAUCACGAGAUGGUCUGCCGGUCUUUAUGGAGAGAGCCGCACGAAAGAUGCAUGCUCUCAAAUUCCGAUUCGAUUCAGGCCGCCGUGGUGUUACUGGACCUCUCACAAGUCCAAAGAACAAUGAUUUAUUGUCAAUGAUGAACCCUGAAGAUCGUGGUACUGUUGGGCUGCUAUACUGGCUUGCAGUUAUGCUUGAUACUGUCUCGUCGUCAAUGAGCGAGCGUCCGGUUGUUGUUGCUGAUGCAGACAGUCAGCACGACGAUGCAGAUGAAGAUCUUGACUCAACGACAAACGGAAGGUGGAACGUACCUUUGUUCAUUCAAGACAGUCUAGAGCAACCUCACAUGUAUCAUACAGUACACUGGCCUUGCUCUUACGAGUCUGCGGCUGAAGCCGUCACUAAAUCAGCACCCGUCAAAGUCCUCCUCUUCAGGCAUGUUUCCUAUCUGCAAAACAUUCUAAGAAGAGGUGGUCGUGGUGAGAAGGUCGAAGAAACAAUCAAAAACACCACCUCGCUAUAUCGAUAUUGGAAUAUGACGCAUGGUGCAUUCUUCAAAGAGUUGCUUCACGACUACGAAUCCGUGCCAGCUCGUCUUCAGAGCUGGUUUGUCUGUAUCUCAGCACAUUGGAAUCUCGGUGCCCUCAUGCUCGCCGAUCUUAUCGAGUAUGUCGACGAGAACGAGUUAGGAGAAGCAACAGCGACUCAAAGCAGAUUAGCCAGUAAGAUGGUCACAAGAAUACGUGAAGCGAGUGCACGAGAACUAUCCGAUCUGGCAAAAGUAUCAACACCAAGUCACAACCUACCAAACACGACAGGGCCUCAGAUGUCACAUUUCCACCAUGCAGUAAACGAAGCAACUAUUCUCACAGAGCCUUGGACCAUCAUCCUCAUCAGGGCAUUUGCUAAGGCAGCUAUGAUAUUAAUACACGAAGUGAACGAUUUCUUGGAGUUUGGGCUGACUACACCGGCCAACACGGACCAUGACUUUCAGGAGAGCAUGCGGCGUGCACAGGAUUGUGUAAAGGGGUUAUGGAUAUUGGGCAAGAAGUCUGAUAUGGCGAGGAGGUCUGCAGAUACCCUGGUUACCGCGAUGAAGAAGUUGAAAGUAUAG